AUGACGGCGUUCGGUAACGACGACGAUGGCGGCGGCGGCCGAUUACUACAACUCUCGUACGUCACCGUGUUGGACGGCGGCACGUUCGGCACCGUUUACCGGGCGGUGUUGUCUGCCGGCGGCGGGACGGCGCGAACGGUGGCCGUCAAGCAGAUUCGGUCGCCGGGCGGCGGCCGUCACGAACUGGACGCGCACAGACGGCUCCGGCACCCGAACGUCGUCAGACUGCUGUUCCACUUUUAUUCCGGUAACGAAAACAAUUUAUAG